CCGUUCCUUAUGAUAGAGGCGGGGAGGUGCCCAGGGGCGGAGUUAGACGACCAGAGUUGUUCUCACUGUGUUGAAAAGUCUCCUUGCAGUAACUCAGACUCUUGUUUCUCUUUUUUGUUACAGUAUCUUAGACUUGUUAGUUUUUUUGUUGCAGUAACUCAGACACUUAUUUUUGUUGUUGUUUCUCGUUCCAUUAACUGGGACCUCCCGUUUUUCUUUUUGCUGUUGCUGCUGCUGUUGCUGCUGCUGCUGUUGUUGGUCGGUGCGGGCAGCUUUCCUCUCCUGGUGUUCCCCAGCUCCGAGCCGGCCGGGCUGACAUGUCGCUGCUGGGACAGAGCCAGCGAUGGUUCCCCACACAUGUCCAGGUUGUGGUACUCCGUGCCCGGGGGCUGCGAGCCAAGGGCCGGGACGGUACCAACGACGCCUUUGUCAUCAUGCAGCUGGGCAAGGAGAAGUACUCGAGCUCGGUGGCCGAGAAGAGCCGUGAGCCGCUGUGGAGAGAGGAGGCCGAGUUCGAGCUGCCGCCCCUGUUGCAACAGGCCAGCCCCGACAAGGGCACUACUCUCUACCUCAUCGUAACCCACCGGGCACUGGUGGGCUUGGACAAGUUCCUGGGACAGGCGGUGAUCGACCUGAGGGAAUUCUACCAUCACAAGACCAAGAACAAAGUGGGAUGGCACAAGCUUCAGUCCAAGCAGGGUAAGAAGGAGAAGGAACGAGGGGAGAUUGAGGUGGACAUCAGGUUUGUGAGGAACAACAUGACGGCCAGCAUGUUUGACCUCUCCAUGAAGGACAAGUCCAGGUCGACUCUCGGCAAGCUGAAGGACAAGUUGAAGGGAAAGAAGAAGGAUGGGUUCUCUGACUCUGCCUCAGCCGUUAUCCCCAGCAUCAGUACCCCAGUGGACAGCGAUGAUGAGAACAUGGUGGCGGGGCAGAAGAAGAAGAAGAAAUCCAAGCUGAAGAUGCUGUUCCCCAAAUCCAACCUGCAGCGGACAUCCCUGUCGCAGUCCAUGUCUGUCAUCCCCACGGGCCCAUCCUCUCCAGCUGACCUCAACAAGGAAGCUCGCACCUUCGCUGAUGAGGACUUCACUGAGAUACAACUGCACAACUCCCCUGAAGAGGAGAACCCGAGCAAGGAUUUGCAUGUACCAAAAAUCAUGGGCCACAAAAGAUCUUCUAGUGAAGACACCAAGCAGCUGACUCUGGCCCCAUCCACGGCGGGGAAGAAGGAGACCCUGUCAUUGUUCAGUGGCCUGAGGCCAAAGAGUGACCCUGUGUCACAGUCCAAUCUCUGCAUCAACGGCAGCCACGUGUACGCAGAGGAACCCAAUCCCAUUCUCCACUCUAAACCAAAGAGCGAUUCAAAGUUGCAGUCCAACAGCCAGUUCUACACCUCUCUGGAGGACCUACCUUCCAAGUUGUCCCCCUCUCCCUUGGAGACCCAACCGCACGCGGGCUUCAGUGACCAAGCCUUGAAAUCUGCCACCCUGCCCGGCCCCCAGCGGCUCGGCAGCACUGGUGACCUGACUGUCGUCCAGAGGCCGGAUGGGCCAAAGGAGAAGGACACCGGAUUCUCCAGGAGCUCCGGGAAGGAAGAGGAGGGGGGUAAAAGCGCGGACUCCUCCAAUGCCCCUGGAGCAGGUACAAAGUCUCUCAACCCCUUUGAGGAAGGGAUCAAGGAAGAGGAGAGGAUCGCUCGGCCAAUGCCCAAGGCGGAGGUGGUAAAAGACGAAGGGGUGGUCAAAAAGGAGGAGCCCAAACGUGGGGGCUUAAUGUCCCUGUUUCCCAGGAAGACCGAGGCCGUCAAAGCUUCCAACACAAAGGAGCCACUGAACCCCUUUGACACAGUGGAGGCAAAGAAACCACCAUCCUCCUCGGUGUGGUCAAGCAGGACUGCAGCCAUCAAACCCAAAUUGGACGUGUCUCCAAAGUUCGAAACCAAAGCCAACUCUCUGUCAUCUUUCCUUUCUGAUCCCUCGUCUCCUCCCUCCUCUGCUCCCAGCGACCCCUUUAGCUCAGCUCCUGCCAUCGGCCCGAGAGGCUCUGACCUUUCCAGCCGACAUUUGACCAAUAGUCCACCCCUGCCCUCCAAGUCAGACUCCUUGGGACUUCGGCCAUCUCGUGUAGAUGAGUCCGGCCUCACCCCUUCGCUUCUGCCCCUUGUUGCCGGCUCAUCCUCCUCUUCCAUGGCCAUAGAUACCCAGACGAAACAGCUGCCCAGCCCUGAGAUAGUUGGGGGAAGGCCUUUGGAGGUUGGGGUAACACCCAGGCAAGGGAGCAAGGUGUCGCCUCGACUCUUGCUCCAGGAGCUGACCACAAGGGGACAGAACGCAAGAACUGACCAGCGAUCCCCAUCUGACGGAGAGGAGGACUCUGCCAUUGUGCAUCCUGAUGGUUCAUCUCGAGGUGUUCCACUUGAAACUAAUCCAGUGGACACAACUGUAAACCUGGAGGAAGAUGAGAGAGUGGGCAGUGAAGAUGAGAGGAGAGUGGGCAGUGAAGAUGAGAGAGUGGGCAGUGAAGAUGAGAGAGUGGGCAGUGAAGAUGAGAGAGUGGGCAGUGAAGAUGAGAGGGUGGGCAGUGAAGAUAUGAGCCCUGUGAAGAUGCCCGGCAGUGAUGUUUCACAAGGAAAGAUGUCCAUGGAUCAUCCAGCCUUAAUCAACCCUAAUGCUGUCCGAACAUCAGCCACCAGCCAUCCCACCACGCCUGUGCCCAAAGUGCCACCCCGUAGCAGUGUGCCCAGUUCAGGGGCACCUCCUGCUCCGAAACCGGAGCAAAAUGUCCCACCAGUUCCUGCCCCAAGGAGUUUGCCCACGAUGAACAAAGCAGCCACCCUUGAUGCCCCAUCGAGAUCUGCAGAGGGGCAACUUCUGAAGGACUUGAUGCAUUUUGAGUGGGGUGCCAAUCCAGUCGCAGAGUCUGCUGCAGGUGUGGGGACAGACGGUACUUUGGCAGCGGGGACACCUGUCAACAAUCUGUCCCUGUGUGGACCACAGGGAGAUGACCACAGUGGCCUGCUGGUGGCCACACACAAGCCUGAGCCUUGCUCCAUCUCUGGCCUGGACCUUGCUUCUCCAACGGAGAUGACUGAUGAUUACCCACUCAUGUUGGUGGAGGAGGAUGUGGACAUGGACAUGGACAGCCCUUCCACUCUACAGCCCAACGGGCAGAUGGUACUUCCUGAGAAGAUGGAACAAGUUGCAGAAGAUCCUUCGGCAAGUGAGCUAGAAGUGGAGGGUGAUGUUGGUCAUGUGUCACCACCUCCAGAACCUCCAGCUCCAGAACCUCCCGCUGUGACCCUGGUCUGGCAGGCAGAAGCCCAGACCUCUCCUGACCCCAACCCAGAUCUGACCCACGUCACCCCAGCUGAUUCUGACCAUCCGGCCAACUUGCAGCCUGUGGCGAUCGAACCCAAUGAUGGCAAUGCCAACCAAUGGUUGGUCAAUGGAAUCAAAGGCAACGCUACAGUGACCACUGACAAAGGUGGAGAAUGUCUCGGACAGAGCCUAGCCCUCACCAAUAAACGCGAGAGUGUAGAACUACCCAUGAAAGAGGACCGUGUUCAUCUAGAACUAAUGGCUAAUGCAGCCACCCCUGCUACUCUGGAAAUGGCCGAUGUUACUUUGGACAUGGGAGACGAGACCUUCAAUGGACAUGAGCUACAAACUUCUGAGAGGGCAGCUGUGGUUUCUUCCAUUUCCACCCCAUCGGUUGGGUCUGGUCGGCUCGAGGCUUCACCUGCUACUGUAGAUUCUGUCGGGUUCUUGGUUCCUCCUCUGUCUCCUUCUGCGCUGUCACGGCCUGCCUCCCCCCUGCCCGAUACCCCCCCUCCAGCAGGGAGAUCCCGCGGAGUUGAGCACUCUGGCCAGACGAUGCUGAUUCAGGCAAGGGUUGUGCCUACCGAGACACAACCAGUCCAUCCCCCGGGCAAUGCAGCAGCAGUACUUUACAAACGCAGACUUCAUCCUGUGAAACCCAUGAAUGCUGCAGAAACAAGAUCUAAUGAAAUAGCUUCAGAGGAGAAUCUGAAGACAAAGAUCAAGAAUACGGGUUUAUUGGUGACCAAGUCUUCUGCUGGUCACUCUUUUGCAGUCAAUGAAAAUCAAAGUCAUCCCAAGGACUACGAUCGCUCUGACCCGGCCUCUGCCUACGCCCAGCUCACACACGAUGAGCUGAUCCAACUGGUCCUGAAGCAGAAGGAGCUGAUCACCAAGAAGGAUGGCCACGUGCGUGAACUGGAAAACUACAUCGACAACCUGUUGGUCCGCGUGAUGGAGGAGACCCCCAACAUCCUCCGGGUGGCCUGCCCGCCCAACAGGAGGGCGGAGAGAGUGUGAGGCGGGGGGAGGGAGUGGGGACCAAGGCCGAGCUAAGGCGAGGAGUGAGAUCGAUGGACGUUGGCGCUGAGUUCCGAGAUGAUGCCUCGCACCAACCGUACACUGAAAGGUUCAUCGUUGGGUGGAAGCUGACCCAGUGAACGCGGGCGUGGGGUCUUGGCUCCGGUGUAGACCCCCUUUGAUCCAACGUUCCCCUCGAGUGAUGUCCAGGUGCCUCAAGUACCGGAGCAGUUGUCCAAGUCUGAUGACGCUCCAGAAUUGUGUCUUCACAAAUCUGGGUUUGGGCAUCGGGAGAAGGGAACGAGUCUGGAACUGCGUUGUGUUAGGCAGGUCUGAUCCAACAAUGGCCCUGCUCCCUCCCUCAACCCUCCCCAACCACCCCAACCCAAACCCCCUCCUCCUCAACCCCCUUGCCUUUCAGAACAAGAACACAACACAACACAGCGUAGAUCUGUGCGUGUUCUCUCCGUUGGGUUGAACCGAUUCUCUGAGUGUCACCGCCCACACACAUCACCUUCGACCUAUGAACAGAAUGGACUUUGACCCACCCCAUUACAAUCUGUGCAUCAUCAUGUUUCCAGACUUCCUGUAUCGACAUGAAAUUAAGACGCCCUUGUGAUUGAUCGGCAGUUUUUAAACACCUCAAAUAAAUUUGACCUUCUGUAGUUUUGUACAAGCAUGGUGAGCUGGGAAGGUUCGUAUGUCUAGGUAGGAACUGCAGAUGCUGGUUAGACACAAAAUGCUGGAGUAACUCAGCGGGACAGGCAACAUCUCUGGAGAGGAGGAUUGGGUGGAGUUUCAGGUCGAGACCCUUCUUUAGACUGGGAACUGGGAUCUUUGGAAAUGUUAUGUGGGUGUAAAUGCUGUGUGUUGGGGCUUGGUUUAAAAUGCAAAGUACUGGAGGAACUCAGUGAGUCAGACAGUCUCUGUGGAGGGACUGGGCUGAUGACAUUUCUGGGCAGGUCCCUUCUGCAGACCGAUUGGAAUAGGGGGGAAGAAAGCUGGAAAAGAGAGGAGGUCAUCCUUGCACUGACCUGGAACAUAUUUUAAAUUUGCAGGAUUACAAGCAAGAAGUAAAUAUACUAGUGUGGCAUUCUGUUUUGUUCUAAUGAGAGGCUCCACGUAUCUACCCUGAACUAUGAGUCACUCUUCACAAUGUCAAAGCAUGAUCUGAAGUUGGGACAAAGUUGCUUAAUUGCUAAAAUUCUUAAAUAAUUUUGUGGUUUUUUUGUUUUUAUGGGAGGCAAAAGAUUAUAAUCUGUAGAAAUGAUAAUUCAUUUAUUUCUUUGAAAAGUCAAAUUUAAAACCAUUUGACUUUUGUACUGAUUGUUCAUUAUUCCAGUGACACACAGCGCCACAGAUCCGGGUUCGAUCCUGACCUCGGGUGCUGUCUGUCUGUGUGGAGUUUGCACGUUCUCCCCGUGACCGCGGGGGUUUCGUCCUGGGUGCCCCGGUUUCCUCCCACGUUCAAGUGGGUUUGUAAGUUAAGCAGCCUCUGUAAAUUGUCCCUGGUGUGUAGGGAGUGGGUGUGAAAGUGGCAUAACAUCGAAUUGGUGUGAAUGACUGAUCGAUGGGCAGUGUGGACUUGGUGGAUCAGCCUCUAUGUCAUAUCUCUAAACUAAACUAAACUUUCAAAAGCAAAUUGUCGCCUUCAAUCGCUGCAGAGCCUAAAGGAUUGGAUAGAGACAGCAGCAGAUUCCUAAUAUUGUGCUAUCCACCAUACAGCUUCACCUACCCACUUGUCCAGGCCUUUGGUCGGGAGACUGCAAGAAGGAGACCUCUCUUCAGAACACUUGGUACUACUGCCCCCAGCCUAGUGAAGUCAACUAGAAACACCCAUUCCUGCUUAGAAAUUGUAGAUGUAACUACAUCUUAAAAUGUUCACGGACUUAGUUAAUCCAAAAAAACAGAGUAAAACAUUGCAGAUUGUGUUAGACUAGUAACUAAACAGUGUGAGGGGAAGCUUAUGAUAUGUAUAUUUUUAGAUAAACAUAAGAAUAAAAUGCAUCUUUUUUUUUAAACUGAUUUGCACAACUGGGAUGAUAAGACUUUAGGUUGGAUUGUAACUCUCCAUUUUGGUGAAUGAUCAGCAGUUUAGGCUGGAUUUGUACAGUACAUAUUAUUUUAUGCAACCUAAUAUAUUGGUGAGAUUUAAAUGUGCGCAGGUAUGGUUGGGGGUGCGUUAUAACUCAUUGCUAUCCAAAUGUUCCUGGUUGGAGAUGUAAUGUUUGGGGGUGUGACAAUGUGCGCGCGUGCGUGUGUGUUUCUUGAGUUGAUCCUGAGUGUUUUAUUUUGCGUGGAGCAUUGGAAAAAAAUCUAUCACAACUCAAUCCAAUUUAUAGAUGUAAAUAGAAAUAGAAAUGUUAUGAGGGUGAAAGUUUUUGACAGUGAGCACAGAUGUGCCCAGAACUGUCGAGAAUGGACAGCUGUUGAAUGUACAGUUUAUGCUUAUUCGACUAUAAGUCGCUAUAGUUCUGAAGACACUUGCCCUCGGUGAGACUGGUGUCUGAUCUGUGAUCCAACAGUCCACCCUUGUCUCAAAUCAAUGUUCUGCUGAUUACAGAAAGUCCUUGCUUUGGGAUGGAAUAUCAAGAAUAGAUCCACGUGUGCAGUUAUCCCAAACUGUUUUUGUACAUAAAGGUUUAUCUAAAGAUAGACACAAAAUGCUCGGCGGGACAGGCAGCAUCUCUGGAGAGAAGGAAUGGGUGACGUUUUGGGUCGAGACCCUUCUCUGAAGUCCCCACAAAUUUGGAACAAACCAUCUUCUAGCCUUUCAAAGCCCAGUGAUGAAGUUCCUGACCUGUUUGAUCUCUCCUUUUAAAUCUGAGCGUUAGUAUUUUUUGUGAGACAUAGAGGGAAUAUAUAAUCAGUCCAUUUGAGUCCAUGCUACCUCCAAUCAUUCCCAUUCAUUCCAGAUCUUGCCCCUCAUGCAUAGGUAAGUGGAAAUCCACAGUGUUUGAUGGUCCUGCAUGUCCCUGUGAUGUGGGAGAACAUGCAAACACCGUACAGGCAGCACCUGAAGUCGGGAUUGAACCUGGUUCUCUGAUGCUGUACACUGCUGCCUAUUCCAUCAGUAUACUGAAGCGGGCUGUAUCAAAUGCAUCUUACUGUGAUGUCCCAUCUAUUCCAUGCAGCUAAUAAUGUCACAGUCUUGUUUCCGAUUUCCCACCGGAAAUUAAAUCCAAAAGAUCCACGUUUUCAAGCCUUUGUUAUUUGCCUCUUGUGCCAGUAGAACAAGACUCAAUGAAUUCUUCCUCCAGGCCCAUAAAGCUGUCAGCAAACGAAUAAGUAACUCCCUACCCAUCCUUUAUACAGAGGUGAUCGAUGGUGGGUGUGGACUAAUGGGGCCUGUUUCCAUGCUAUGUCUCUAAACUAAACUAAGCCUGAGCUUUGACCCUGGCUGGCCCAGUAGUUUAGGGGGUGUUAUUCAGCAGAGAUAUUGGAAGCAAAUCAGAGUGUCUUCCAUUGGGCUUCUAAUGUUCAGCCAAUGCGAGGGCAGAUAGUGGACUAAAUCUAUGAUACUGAUGCCAUAUUGUGUGUUGAACAGUGUUGGGGUUGCAUUGCUUGGUACGUUACAUGUUAAUAUGGGCAAUACAACCCUUGCUUCUGAUGGCUGUCAGUGCAGACUGGUCCUUGCAAUCUUUAAGGCCAGGUGAUCAUCUGCACUUGCCUUUUAUUUUUUUGCUGUGAAAUUUUUGACUCUUCCGUUUGUGGAGUCGAGUAUUUUCCAAUGCUGCUGUAUAGCCCCUUAAACUGGGUAGAACACUAUUGUACAGAACUCUUCGCAAAUGGAAAUCCAGUGGCUGGAAAUUUGAGUGCAAUUAAGGUCAUAAGUGAUAGGAGUAGAAAUAGGCCAUUCGGCCCCAUCAAGUCUACUGCGCCAUUCAACCAUGGCUGAUCUAUCUCUCCCUCCUGGUGUUGGGUGGGUGGGGGGUGUUUCUGCACCAGUGUCCUGCAGUCACACCAACCAUCUUUAGAUAAGCUCUCCCCCAGUAGAACUGCUCUGAAUGCCACCAACAUGAACAUACAGGAUCCAAGACAAGAUGUGUUUAUGGGCAAUACAGACAGUGCACAGGAAACUGUUCUCCACAUGGCAAUGGUGUACAGCCUUCCAAUAAAACUCUUGCAAUGGGAGGAAGAUGAACGAUAUAGCCAGCCCUGGUGGCGACUGGAUGAGAACAUCUUACACUUUUUAUUGCCUAUUGAAUGUACAGCUUGUGCAUGUUAAACCUUAUGAAAAUGGCAAUAUACUGAUUUUAUCCGCCAUUAAGACCAGUAAAUGAAUGUAGCAAUUUUCUGCCACUUGAUGUGUUUUAUAACUUAGAAAAAGCUUGAAAAUUAAAAAUAUACUUUUUAUGA